AUGCAACGUAUCGCUUUUUCUAGCUUAAAUAUUUUUCCAAUAUUUUUAACAAAAUAUGAUAAAAUAUUAAUACGUAAAUUUUGUACUAAUUUGAAAGAUAAUGGUAAAAUUAUUAAUGCAUAUGAUAAUGAAAUAAAAAAGGGUAAUUUAAAAAAUGAUGAAUUUCAGAGAAAUAUUAUAUAUAAUAUUGAUAAAUUACAUAAUAAUGUAAUUUCUUUAAAAUAUAAUAAUACAUCAACAAAUUUUACAUAUGGAUUAUUUUCAAAAAUAUUAAAUAAAAAUAAAAAAGUUUUAUUACAAAAUUCACCUAAAGGAAUAUAUCUAUGGGGUACUGUUGGAUGUGGAAAAACAAUGUUAAUGGAUCUUCUUUAUACAAAUAUUGAUAUUAAAUCAAAAAAAAGAAUUCAUUUUCAUUCAUUUAUGCAAAAUUUUCAUAAAAAAUUACAUCAAUUAAAAUUAUCAUUAGAUUCUAAUAGUACAUCAAAACAUCAAGAUCAUUUAGAUUUACUACCAAAAAUGGCUGAUGAAAUAAUUAAUAAAUCAAAAUUUUUAUGUCUUGAUGAAUUACAGGUAACUGAUAUUGCUGAUGCAAUGAUUCUUAAAAGACUUUUUAAAGAAUUAUUUGAUAGAGGAUUAAUAUUAUUUUGUACCUCAAAUAGAAUUCCAGAUGACUUAUAUAAAAAUGGUUUACAAAGACAUCAAUUUAUUCCAUUUAUUGAUCUUAUAAAAGAUAAAUGUCUUAUACUUAAUUUAGACUCAAAAAUAGAUUAUCGUCUCUUAACAUCAUCUAAAAAUUCAACUAAUAGAUGUUAUCAUAUUAAUGAUUCUAAUAAUGAAACAUCAAAACAAAUUGAUAAUAUUUUUAAAAUAUUAAUUAGUAAAGAAAAUGAAAGAAUUGGAAAAAAAACACUUCGUAUAUUAAAUAGAAAUAUAGAAGUUCCUAGAUGUGCUGGAAGAGUUGCUGAUUUUUCUUUUGAAGAUUUAUGUAUUAAACCAUUAGGUGCUAUGGAUUAUUUAGUUUUAGCAAAUACAUUUCAUUCAAUAAUAAUUAGAAAUGUACCUCAAUUUAAUGAAACAUUAAUAAGUGAAUGUAGAAGAUUUAUAACUAUGAUUGAUACAUUUUAUGAUCAAAAAGUUCGUGUAAUAAUAUCUGCAGAUGUCAUAUUAGAUGACUUAUUUAAAUUAAAUCAAAAAAAUCAUACUUUAAGUGAUUCUCAAAGAUUUUUAAUGGAUGAUCUUCAAAUUAAAGAUAAAGAUAAAUCAGUUAAUAUAUUUACUGGUGCUGAAGAAUUAUUUGCAUUUGAUAGAACUAAAUCAAGAUUAAUUGAAAUGAGUUCUGAUUCUUACUGGAAACAUCGAGAACCUUCAGGAUAA